AUGUCCAAUCAAAUUAGCUAGAUUUUUGCUGAUAUUUAAUGCGAUGAUCAUAAAAAAGUGAUUGAAUUUAUAAAUUUAACCGCCCCAUUACUACCAAACUAGAAAAGGCUUUUAUGUGAAAGAUGCGAUUUUAAUAAAAAUUGUGAGAAUGUGUAUUAUAGAAAUGAGGUUGUUUAAUUUUUAGAAAAAAUUGAGAAAUAGGAAAAGGACAUAUUAGUUUAAUUAGAGAAAGCUUGCAAAAUUGUAAAAGAUUUAAAGGAGCAUCUUAAUUCAAUUGAAAAAUCUUUAGAAAGCCAUAAAUAAAAUAUAUCAUAAAAAUUGUGCAUCAAGCCAAAUAAUUCUUUAGGUAUAUUUCUAUAGAAGAAGAAUGCAUUGACUAAAGAUAUAAUCAAAGAAAUGAGUGAUGAACUUUGUUAAUUAAUAAUGUAGAAGUAAUCAAAUAUCUAAUGGAACACAGAAAAUAGCCCCUAGAUCAACAUUGACUUAUUAAAAAGGAUUGAAGAAAGUGAUUAAAGGAAAUUGGAAAAAUUGAUUAAUGAUUUCAAAUAAGUUUUGAAUUUAGGUGAUAAUUAGAUAAUGUAAUAAUAAUAAUAAUAACAAUAAUAGCAAUAAUAAUAAUCUUAAUCUAUCCUAACAUAAAGCUAAUCAUUUAUCAGUACCCCUAUUAAUUAUGUAAAUACUUGUACAAAGAAUAUUGGGGAAUAAGUGAUACAUGAUAUAAAGUUUAAUAAUAAUGGCAAUAUUGUUGUAAUCUCAAGUAAUUUAAUUCCUGAUACAAAUUGUUAUGCAUAAGUUUAUACAAUCUAGAAUAGCAAUUUUACUCUUACUUAAAAUUUAGAUCUUCAUGGAGGAGAUGUGAAAUCUAUUUGUUUUAUUUCAUAAUCUGAAAAUUUCAUCACAGCCUGCUAAGAUAAGAAAAUUAGAUUUUGGAAAAAAAUAGAAUAAAAAAAAUGGGGUUUAGAUUAAGAACUAAUAGAAUUGAAAUCACCUGCUAAUUGUAUUCAAUUGAAUCAUUCUGAGAAUUAUCUGGCCUCAGGAGGUGAUUAUUUAUGUUUUUGGAAAAAUGCAAAUGGAAAAUGGACUUAUGACACUGAAUCUUCUAAUUCAGAGCAAAAGAUAUUAUCUUUGAGUUUUAAUUUAGAGGACAAUUAAUUAGCAGUAGGUUAUCAUGAUUAUUCGUUCAAGAUUUUUGAAUAUUAUAACCAAAAAUGGAUUUAGAGAUAUUAAAUGUAAAAUUAGGCAAUUUUAAUAAACUACUUUAAUAAUAAAGAUCUAAUUGAAGUAUAGAAAAAUGGGUAUUUUAAUUAUUAUUUAUAUGAUAAUGACAUUUCUGAUUAUUAGAUCGUUGGAACAUAUUUUAGUUAACAAAAUUAUAAUUAUACUGCAGGGUUUUGUUAGUAGAAAGCAUUAUUAGCAUUGUCUCCAAAUUAAUAGGGAUUAACAAAUCUGCAUAUGAUAAAAGAGAAUAGAAUUUCAGGACCUUUAUAGAAAAUUCCUUUAAGAGGGGAUAAAUUGUUUUUUUCAAAGGAUGGGAAUUACCUUGCAAUUAUAUCAAAUAAAUAGCUAUUGAUUUAUUAAGAUGAACAAGAAAGAUAUUGA